AAAGAAAAAAAAAGUCAUUAGUGCUAAUCAAAAAAUGGGAGAUUCCUACUUUAGUAAAGAGGAUAACCAAAUUAGUGCUUCCUCAGAACAAACCGAGGACAGUGCAUAUCUCUCAGCAAUGUUAGUUACCACUAAUCUUGUUUAUUCAGCAGUGUUAAAUGCUGCUAUUGAUCUCAAUUUAUUUGAGAUCAUAGCUAAGGCAACACCAUGUGGUGCUUUCAUGUCACCAUCAGAAAUUGCUUCUAAAUUGCCACAAUCAACCCAACACUCGGACUUGUCUAAUAGGCUUGACCGAAUGUUACGUUUGCUUGCUAGUUAUUCCAUUCUUAUAUCUUUUACUCGAACCACCGAGAAUGGUACCGAGAGAGUUUAUGGCCUCUCGAUGGUUGGAAAAUGCUUUGUCCCUGAUGAAAGUGGAGGCUCCUUGGCAUCAAUCACCUCAUUUAUAUACUCUCCUGCAUUGUUACAAGUUUGGGCGAAUUUUAAGGAAGUUGUGGUUGCUGAAAACAUUGAUGUGUUCAAGAAAAUUCAUGGAGUGACAAAGUACGAAUACAUGGGAAAGGAUGAAAAAAUGAACCAAAUAUUUAACAAAUCAAUGGUUGAUAUUUGUGCAAUAGAGAUGAAAAGAAUGCUUGAAAUAUACACUGGAUUUGAGGGAAUAUCAACAUUGGUUGAUGUUGGCGGUGGAAGUGGACAAAACCUCAAAAUGAUAAUUUCCAAGUACCCUUUAAUUAAGGGAAUUAAUUUUGAUCUGCCUCAUGUUAUUGAAAAUGCACAACCACUUUCAGGGAUUGAACAUGUUGGAGGAGAUAUGUUUGCAAGCAUUCCACAUGGUGAUGCCAUGAUAUUAAAGGGUGUAUGUCAUAAUUGGUCAGAUGAAAAAUGCACAGAAAUUUUAAGCAAAUGUCACAAAGCUUUGUCACCAAAUGGGAAGGUGAUUAUAGUGGAGUUCAUAUUGCAAGAAGAACCAACACCAUCCGAAGAAUCUAAACUUGUUUCAACUCUUGAUAAUCUCAUGUUCAUCACAAGUGGUGGAAGAGAAAGAACUGAGAAACAAUAUGAGAAAUUGGGUAAACUCUCUGGAUUUUCAAAAUUCCAAGUUGCUUGCCGCGCUUUCUCCUCCAGUUUUGGAGUCAUGGAACUUUAUAAAUACUAGUAAUAAAGUUUUUUACAGUAACUUUGGAUUUUAAAAUACUAGUCCGAGUACCCGUGCUAACGCACGGGAAGCACCAUAUUUUAAUGAUUUCGUAUACAAUUUUCAAUUUGCAGACCGUAAACCCCGUGUUUUUUUGUAGUACCCAUGUUAUUUUCUAAAUAUAA